AUGUCCGACAGCUCGGGCCCACCCGUCAGGUGCCACGCUAGCCAAUCGGCGCAUGCCUGCGCGCUGACUAGGACGAGCCGCCCUCAACCCCGGUCCGAUCGCACCGGUUCAUCCCCCACCGCACCAUUCCCCUCCUCCUCGCUCGUUCCCUCCGUCGCCGCCGCCCGCGUUCCCGACUGCCGGCCGCCGCACCACGCCGCCAACGCCAUGGUUUUGGAGGACGAAAGUAGCGACGACCAGUCUAGCCUCCCGUACAUGCACUCUUCCUCCUCCACCGACGGGCUUAACCAGCUUCUGCAUGUCCCUUCCAGCCUUGAAGAUCCAGAUUACAAGGGGCUUGAGCUGGAUUUGAUGUCCCCAUGUGAGAAGCACGUCAUGGCAUCUGAGAGGCUUGUUGCCAUGAGUGCUCUUCUUGUUCUGAUGCUAAAUGAAGGUAACAAUUGUGGCUUUGUUGAAUGGGUUGAUCACCAGUGGCCCCCAACAAUGCAGAAUGCUGCAUUGUUGAAGCUGUGGGCAAUGGUUGAAGGUGCCAAAAGUGCUAGGGUCAAUGAUAGUCUUGAAAGUGCUUUAGCUAUUCAUAAUCGGACAGAAGAGAAGAACAAGCUGGAGGCCAACUAUGACAAGUUAGUCCAAGAUGUGCAUGAACUUAUGAAUUUCCAGGAGGAAAGGGUGAUUUAUUUCAGUUAUCUGCAGUCUAACCUUACAUAUCAGCAGGAGGUAAGAAAAGAACUGAUUGCUGAUAUGAAGGCACAGAUGGCAACUGAGAUGGCAAAGAAAGAUGCAGAGACCCAAAAACUUACUCAGAAGUAUGAACUGCUGGUUAACCUGACAAGAUCUCAAGCAAUAGUCAUUCAAAACUUGAAGUUGAACAAUAUGAAAGAGAAGCAAGUGUUGAUUGAAGCUAGGAUGAAUUUGGAGCUGAAGAAUGCAGAGCUAACAAAGUGUCAGGAGAAGCUCACCCAAGAGAAGCUAGAGUUGAAGCUUAAGGUUGCUGAUCUGCUUAAGGGAAAGGAAAAGCAUAUUCAAGAGAAGUUCCAGUUAGAGCUUCAGAAUGCUGAGCUCAUGAUGGGAAAUGAAAAGCUGAAGGAAAAGUUCAAGGGGAUUCAGGCCAUCUUGGAGAAGUGA